AGCUCGCGAGAGGUGCUUAUUCAACAGUCACCUUUGAUAAGGAUGUAUUUACUAAAGGCUCCCCUAAUUCGGUAAAAGCAAUGGAAUUGAUUGUAUGGUUUUUAUUUAAAAAAUUGGAUGACACGUUGACAACAGCGAAAUUCACAUGUUGGCCAAUUCUUGAUUUACCAUCAAGUUUGCGUUUUCGGACAGUAGCGUACAAAUGGUUAGAUCAAUUGAAAAAAGAUGGUUGCUUUGGAAAUGCAGAUAUUGUUUUGAGACGUACUUUAUUUGACGAGUGUCAAGGCGAAAGAUUCGAGCGUUUGAUAAUGGCCUUUUCAAAUUACGUCUUAAAAAUAACAAUGGACAGAGAUUACCAACAUUAUAAUCGAGCACCAAAAAUUGAAUUUACGGAACUUAAAGAAUCAACACCGGAAUUAUUGAAAGAAAUUCUAAAGAUAUAUAUAAAAACGCAAACAGACAAUUUUUUGCAAAAGACUAGAGAACGUGCAACCUGCCAGAGUCGAUGGAAGAAUUUAGCAGAUAAACUUUCAAGACAUUUAUAUGAAGUUAUAGAUAAAAAUGAAAAGCAUUUUAAUGGGCGUGAUAAUGUAACCAUAGAACAACUUUCUUUCAAGAGAACUAAACAACUUGAAGGUGUCCGUCUUAUUUGGAAUUCAUGUUUAAGUUGGAUACAAGAAAACCAAAAUUAUAUUGCAAGUAUUGAAGACGUUAUCAACGAUCGAACAAAUAAGUAUCGAUUUAAUGGACAGGAUAUUUCGUUACAAGUUCCAGAAAUUAUGAUGAAUAUGUGGGAAAAACAAUUCCAAGAAGCAAGAAUUAGUCCUCGACAAUGCGGCAAAUUAGAUUUAAUAUCUUUAUUGAAAUUAUGGAGGUUUGCACUUCAAACUUUGAAUAAUAAAACUACCAAUCCGAAAACUAUACAGCAUCAAGAUUUAGAAAGUGAAGAUCUUUCGUCUACAGUUAAAAAACUAGAAGAACAUUUGGUAGAACAAAAGAGACAAAUCAAAAGCCUUUCUAUGCUCAAGAAUUCAUUAAGAAUGCGCUUAAAUGAAAUCAAUGAAUCAGUAAAAUUAUUAAAAAAUGAAUAA